CCUAACCUUGGCAAAUAUUUGGAUAUGAAGGUUCGCUUACUGUCACGCAAUCCUUCUGAUUUUCGCAGGGAAACUGCCGAUGAUAUUUUUAAAAUUCCUAGAAACCACAGCGCAACAGAACACCCAUUUUCGUGUGAAAGAGAAUAUGUCAGAGCAAUUAACGCUGCUAAGCUCGGAAAGAUGAUGAGCAAACCUUUUAUAGGAGCACUUGAAGGGUCGACCGAAAGGGUCACAAGUAUUUCUCUAAAUACAGAGAGUUUAGGCAUGGCGACUUUUGGAACAGCUGAUGGGAAGGUUCAAUUCUGGAACGUAUCAAAAAGAAAUAAAGUGGUUGAAGUUAUUGCACAUGAAAGCGAAGUUCGAGGCAUCUGUCACUCCAACAGGUCUCGGUUGAUUUACACUUGUAGUCUAGAUGGUCAACUGAAACAAUGGCGGAUGAAUUAUGAUGAUAUUGUAUCAUGUUGGAAACAACCGCUGAGUAGUGUUCUAAUGAAAUGGACUCCUCAUUGUAUGGAUCAUCAUCCUUCAUCAAAUGAGUUUCUUAUUGGUGGUCCAGAGUCAUGUUUGCUAUACUCUUCAGUUAGGCUUGAUGUACCAUUGCGUGAAUGGAGUUGGGGUCAAGAGCCAGUUCAUAACGCCAAGUUCAAUCCAGUCGAACAUAAUAUUGCAUGUGCUUUAACCAAAGAUAAUUCAUUAAUUCUAAUCGAUUGCAGACAGGAUCAACCUAUUCGCAAGGUCAAAAUGGAUUUGAAAUUAAAUGCAUUCUCAUGGAAUCCAAUGGAACCAUUCAUAUUCACUGCUUCAUCCGAAGACUAUAAUGUUUAUACAUUCGACAAUCGUUUCUUCAAAUUCCCUCGCAGAGUUCAUCGUGGUCACGUAAAUGCUGUACUUGAUGUAGACUAUUCACCAACUGGAAGAGAAUUUGUCACUGGAAGCUACGACUCAACAAUUCGACUUUGGAAGUGUGAUUCUACAGAAUCGUUUGAUGUUUAUCACACCAGACGCAUGAAGCGUGUGCUUGUUGUCAAGAUGACAUUAGAUGCAAAGUUUGUUCUGUCAUCAUCAUCAGAUCAAAACGUCCGACUGUGGAAAGCUCACGCUAACGAAAUUAUUGGACCGGUAUUUUUCUUCACCAUACUCAUUAAAUUUCAUUCUGCUUAGAUUCAGCCAAGACAAAAAGCAUCCCUACAGACAUGUGAAUCUUUACGAGAGAAAUUCAGAGACCAUCCAGAAGUCCGGAAAAUUCUAAAACAUCGUCAUCUGCCUAAAACGAUUCACGCCUCCAGUAAAGAACAUGCAAUAAUCAGAGCCAAAGAAAGGCGCAAGGAAAGAAAUACUCGUAUAUUUAAUAAAAAUGACCUUCCAUUUAUUCCUGAAAAAGAGAAACACGUCGUCGCACAAUAUAAAUAGUUUAUGUGUCUUCGUUUUUUUCCUUAAUGAAAUACAAUACAUUGAGAUGUGCAUGAA